UCCUCUCUCUACACUUCAGCUAUUCAAAGCCUAAACUCCAAGCCAGUAAAGCCCCUGUGCAGUUCUCUUUGUUUUUGUAAAAUGGCAUUGAUGUCAGAGCUCUUCAGCUGUUUCAGGCUUCUUUCUUCCAGGGUUUCCAACAAUUUAAUGCAAGUUGCAGAUGAUGAUCACCAAAACCAAAAGAAGGGCCCUGUGCCAUCUGAUCAGAAAAAGAAACCCAUUGAAGCCAAGCCAAGCCAAAGUCUGGAGCUCCAAUUCCAGUUUCUUACUUCCCAAUCAACUCAUACCUCUCUCGCUUAUAGUGUCUCUGUUAUUGCGACUACUAAAGAAAUGAAAGAACCCAUGCCAGGGCAGUUUGGGAUUCAGCAAUGGUGGUUCAAUGAAAGAAAGAAAAAAAGAAGGGAAAUUUCAGGCCUACUCUGGCUCCGACGCCGAUGAUUCUGGUGGAUUCGAAACCUAUGAGUCCUGGCUCUGCUGGCUCACUUUGAGACCUUUGUAGGUAGAUGGGCCAGUAUGGGGGCGGCGACGAGGUUGGCAAGGUGGGAGUUGCAGGAAAGGGGCGGGGAGACAGGAGGGGGAGUGGGCAGGGAUCAAUUCCAGAAGGGAGAUACGGCUCAAAGGCAUCUAGUGCAGCCAGGGUAGGAGGUUCUGUCUCCAAGUUUCUCACGGUGGCGGAGGGUGAGAGACCAGUCUCCGGUAUUGGAUAAAGCGAUGACGAAUGGCUUCCUCUUUCCUUGAAUUCCGUUCAUAACAAAGAAGAAAGAGAAGGGUGGGGGAGGACUCCAAAGAGGGAACUGAAGAUGUUUUUUUUUCUGUUAGGGAUGGAACACAUGGCAACCUCUCACCUUAUGCGAAGAGUAACUACUCUCCAGCAAACUGAAACCAGAAAGGAUAUUGUUACAAUUGACAUGGUAAAAUGUCAAGACAGACAAUGGUGAGCAUGAUAUUACCUUGGUACUACCUACUGUCUCGGCUGACCAUCCAAGCUUCUCAGAAUGGUUUUCAGUUUAAGACUUGGCUCCUCUCAGUUUUGCCUGGGAGCCUCUGGGAGGGUUGGAAGCUCUGGUUUAAGGUGCCUAUCCAGCCACGGCCACCUCCAAAAUGGAGUUUGCCAAUACAACCAUUGGAGGGCCAGCAGCCUACAACAGCCAUCUUAAUCGGUUAACGGAACCGGAGGAUUUCUGGCUAUUGUUGAGACACGACGACGGUAUCGGCCUUUCGAAUAUUUGCGUGAGGAACGAUCAUGACACAACGGCAACCCCCAUCUUUCUUCUGCAGGCCUUUGUUGCUUCCUUUGUCAUCCUCAUGGUAUCUCGUAUUCUUAAACCUCUAGGCCAACCUCUAGUGGUUUCCCAAAUCUUGGGUGGUUUUAUUAUAGGACCAACACUUUUGGGGAGGUUGAGUUUUGCAAAAGAUUUAUUAUACCCAGAAAGAAGCUUUCCUAUGCUUGAUGUGUUUGGAGUAAUGGGGAUCAUGUUCUACUUCUUCCUAAUUGGGGUGCAAAUAGACCCAUGGGUUGUAAAGACUACUGGUAGGAAAGCCUUUAUUAUAGGUAUCUCAACUGCUGUAGUUGCCUAUCUCCUACCUGCAAUUGGUGUUUUCUUUGUGCCUGAGCUGGUUAAAAUGGUGGAGACACCAUCCAUCUUGAUUACUGUUGGCAAUCUAACAAUGGCGGGGACAACAUUCACCUUCCCCACCAUCGCUCGAUACCUCUAUGAGCUUAAUAUCUUAAGUUCAAAGUUUGGACGUAUGGCGCUCUCUUCAUCGAUCAUAGGUACCUUAUUUAACUACUUUUACCAGGCAACUUUAAGGUUCCGUUCAGUUGAGAAAAAGGGACCUGCUAUACUAAGAAUGGCCGCAAAUGUGACUUUUGUGGUGGUCGUCAUUUAUGUCAUCCAGCCAGUAGUCCUAUGGGCUCUCAGGUGGAGAAGGGAAGGGGUAUCAUUAAAUCUGGGACGCCUCUAUACCAUCUUUGUUGCAGUUUUGGUGACUGGGAUAUUAAGUCAUGCCAUUAAUCGGGAUGUUAUAUUUGGGCCGUUUAUACUGGGCAUAGCUCUGCCACCAGGGCCACCUUUGGGGUCUGCACUAGUCGACAAGCUUGAGUUCAUUACUUCAUGGAUAUUUAUGCCAUUAUACUUCCUCAAAUUUGGAUUGGGAAUCAAUGUCUUCGCUACCAUUGUCAACAGUGUAGAUAAUUGGGCUUGGUCUGUCAUCGGUAUUGGUUCAAUCGGGAAGUUUUUGGGAGCCUUUAUAUCUUCAAUAUUAUGCAGGAUACCAGUACGAGAUGCUAUUGCACUCGGCCUCGUCAUGAAUGUCCAAGGAGUUGUUGAGCUUGGCCUUUUCAAAGCCUUGAAAAGAAGUAGGCAUUUACUGCCUGCAGUCUACGUAAUGAUGUGCACUACCCUACUGGUUGUAACAUGGACUGUCACAAUUAUACUAAGAGCACUCUACAAAUCUUCAUCAUCAAAGUGGUACCAAGUUAGCAACAGAAGAACCAUUUUAGACACCAAACCCAACACUGAGCUCCGAAUACUUGCAUGUAUCCACAAAGAACACAGUGUACCGCUGAUCAUUGAUGUCAUUGAGGCAUCCAAUCACUCCAUAAGCAACCCUAUUGGGCUCUAUGUUCUUCAUCUUGAGGAGCUUGUUGGCCGUUCUGAUCCAAUUUUAAUCUCUCAUGGUGUCAGAGGAUCCAGGAUUCCUGUUUUCAGUGUUUCCCGCACUUUUAAUAAUAUUAAUGCCCCAGUACUCUCUGAACACAUUGUCAAUGUCUUUCAACGCUAUGAGCAGGAGAACAACAACGUAGGGAGCAUCUCAGUGCAGUCCUUCACCGCAAUCUCGCCUUACAGUAGCAUGCAUGAUGAUGUUUGCACACUUGCUCUUGAGAAGAGUACUUCCCUCAUUAUUAUUCCCUUCCACAAGCUAAGGUCUUGUGCCUAUGACCCUCUGGAGUCAUCAUCAUCUUCAGGUACAGGUAUUAGGACCAUGAACAUAAAUGUCCUUGACAAUUCCCCUUGCUCGGUGGCAAUCCUCAUUGAAGGUGGGCUCUGGAGCAGCUCUAAGGUUAAACUGGGGAAUUGGACUUCAUGCCGGGUUCUUGUGUUGUUCUUGGGUGGUGCUGAUGACCGUGAGGCACUAGCCUAUGGGGCUCGGAUGUGCGGACACCCAAAUAUUAACCUUACUGUGGUUCGCUUGGUUGCAAACUCCCCUACCAACAUUGGAACCAGCAAAGAGAGGAAGUAUGAUGAAUAUGCAGUGAAUGAGUUUAAGCACAAUAUGGUGGUUAAUAAGCAAAUUAGAUACAUUGAGGAGAUGGUGAUGGAUGGAUCUAACACUAUUAGUGUUAUUCGGUCCAUAGAGAGUGAUUACCAACUUAUAGUGGUAGGGAGACGUCAUGAUGAACGGUUGCCAGUCAUAUCUGGACUUACAGAAUGGAUAGAGCACAAUGAGUUAGGGACGAUCGGCGACAUAUUGGCAUCAUCAGAGUUUGGUGAUGCCAGUAUCUUCGUAGUGCAAACCCAGUCCAAUGAAGAAGAAGUACUACAAGGUUCAAGUGAUUAUCAAGACCCUUUUAUCCAGACUGUGUGUAGUAGAUUAGAUGAUGAUGUAGAAGAUCCAAGAAAAGAAUUUAAAACCGGUAGAGGGUGACAUUGGAUUGGAGUUUUUCUCUCCACAUUGUUAUGCACGAUAUGAAGGCAGGUAUAAUCCUCAGCCCAUUUAUAAUUACUUCAACUGCUUUUCUUUUACAGAUUGUAGAUAUUUCUUGUUGGAUGCAAAAAUCCUAGUGUGAAUCAGUUUGAAUUUUUUGGACCAUCUUCAAGUGAUCUUUUGCAUUGCUCUUUCAAUGUGGUAGUCGAUACAGGGAGGGGAAAGUUUGAUCUUUGGUUUUGGUGGAAUCUUGACAUUUGGCUUUGAAGUUAGAUGCCUGGCAGCCAAGGACCUUGGACUGAAAGGUUGUGGCAUGGAUUCUGUUGACAGGAUACAACUUUCUCGCUAAUCUGAACACCCUGGUUUUGACUCUGUUUGGUUGUAAGGGAAAAAUUGAAGGGAGGGGUAGUGAAAAUUUUCAAACCUAAAAGGGGAACUUUUGUGAUCUUUGCUUAACAUGAUUAUAUAAACUACUUAAAUAUCUUGUCAUAUUUAGUAAUGUUACUUUUUAUAUGUUCAUUUUAUUUUA